ACAGGUUGAAACUAUAAAGGGCAAAAUAUUUGUUGUCCACAGACAAAUGGAAGGAAAAACUAUUUUGCCAAUGCUUCUGCUUCCUGAAAGUCAAGAUGUGAAAAAAGCAGAUGACCUUCCACAAGUGGACAGAUCAAUACUUCAUUCUGUUGAAUCUAUGGUGAUACAGUGGGCACAUCAGGUAAUGGAUGUCAUCAAGCAAGAUUCUGCCCAAGUCUUGUUUGAAGAAUUCAAUCCCGUACCAAGUGCAGAAAUUUACUUCUGGAUUUCAAGGAAAGGAAACUUGCUUUGAAUAUAUAGGCAGCUCCAGCAUCCCAAGGUUCGCAAAAUAGCUGAUAUUCUGAAAAUGACAAAAAGCAGCUACUACACUACAUUCAAAAGCAUUAUCUUGAAAUUAAGAGAAGCUGUCUCAGAGGCUCAGGACAUUGAAUUGCAUCUUCGACCUUUGAAACAUCACCUUUCCCAACUGGAAGAAUCAAACUUCCCUGAAAUUGAGCGACUAAUUACUCCCCUAUUCCACACUAUCUGCUUAAUAUGGAGCCACUCCAGAUAUUAUUGUUUCCCAUCAAGAAUUAUUGUCUUGCUACAAGAAUUCUGCAAUUUAAUCAUCAACCAGGCUUCGAACUAUCUUGUUCUAGAAGAGAUUUUCAAAGUUGAGAUAGAAGAGGCACUGGAGAAGGUACAAGUUGCCAUACGUAUAUUGAAAGCCUUCAAGAAUAGUUUUCAUGAACACAGAUUAAAGAUUUCCUGCUAUUACAAUAGCACAAUAGAAGUGAAGCUCUGGGACUUUCCAUCACAAAUGGUGUUUGCUCAUUUUGAUAUGUUUCUUGACAGAUUGUUGAAAACUGAGGAACUCUUCAUCACUGCAACUGAGUUUCAUAAAUUGGAAAAAAUUGUAAUAGGAGGUUGCAGAGGGAAAGAUCUCACUGAAAGGAUCGGUGAUAUCCAUGAGGAGUUUCAGGAAUGUUGACGAGUGUUUGGAGAUAGCAAGUAUGAUCCAUUGGAUUGCAACAAUAUGGAAUUUUUGUCUAACCGCUGCAGAUACAUGGCUUGUAUAUAUGACUUUGACCAACGCUUGGGCUCAUUGCUGAACCUUGCAUUUCAUGAUUGUGGAAGUCUGGAGUCAGCUUUUAAGCUUCUGUCAAUAUUUGGUGCAUUACUGGAAAGGCCGGUGAUAGCCAAUAUUACUGCUUCAAAUUAUUCCAACCUUCUCUCAAUGUUUGAAGAGGAACUUAAUAGCUGCAAACAAAUACUUGAUCAAACAAAGGUAAAGCAAUCUUUUGGUUUAACAAUACCCUUUCAACAGGUAAAGAGGAAUAAUGUAUUGCAUAAGAACAUGCCAGUGAUAGCAGGCAACCUGAAGUGGUCUCAAGAGCUUCGCGAAAGAAUAUUAAGUCAGAGGAAAGAAUUUCAACACAUUCAUCAUCUUCAAACAAAGGAAGCAAACCUGGUUUUCCAGAAAUGUGACAGAUUGUUGACAGUGAUUGAUCGUUAUGAAGAAGAAAUCUACACAUUGUGGACAGAAAAUUUAGAUGUUAUUUGCCAGUCAAACUUGACUCAGCCAUUUCUUCGUUGGAACAAAGAAUCUGGUUUAUACUUCGUGAAUCUUACUCCUGAGCUUUCAUCUAUACUUCGAGAGGUCAAAUACCUUGGAUUACUGAAAGGAUUUAACAUAUCAGACACAGCACUAAAUUUAUAUAUGAAAAGAGAGAUUCUUCAUAGGUCCUUUGGAAACUGGAAGAUCAUAGCCGAGUUGUACAACAAGCUGCAUACCACAGUACUGGAGGUAGAAUAUCCACUCAUUGAAGGUGAACUGGAGAAAAUAAACCAGCAGUUGAAACCAGCUACAGCAUCCCUGACAUGGGAGGCUGAGGACCCCGGAUCAUAUGUUCAGCAGACUAAAGAUCUGAUCCAAGACCUGAACAGCAGGAUGCAGAAAAUUAAGUAUAACGUGGAGACAAUACAUGCUAUAGUGCGUGACUGGAAUGAAAUGUUGUCAUCUUGGCAAAGAAAAUGUGAAAUUGCUUCACUCUGUCUUGAUGGAAGGAAAAUGAUGGUAAAAUACUAUAAAUUAGUUGAAGAUGGAGGGAAGACUAUUCACCAAUUAGUCGAGGAAAAUCUUCGCCUGUUCAGUGCAAAUCCACAAGCUGAUGAAUGGAAGGUGUACACUGAGUCAAUUGACCACAUCGUUUUAGAUGGAUUCUACAUUGCUAUCAAAUCUUUCCUCCAGUAUCUAAUUGAAUGCACAGAAACUUUGCCAAAAUCAUCACCACAGAUUGAAGUGCAGCUGGUUCUUAAUGGCUGUGAAUUGUCAUUCAGUCCUCCUUUAGAUCUGGAAAUGAGCAAUAAUUUCUAUGAUCUCAUGGAAGAGUUAAUAAAUGAUGUUUACAAAAUGGCCUCUGAAAUGCAAAGAGUGGCGAAACAUCUGAAUACUGAAACCUAUCAGCAUGAAUUGAACAAAAUGAGUGAUCUGACCGAGAUGCGUCAAAGGAUCAUGGACAGAGUGAAAAGUCUUAUUGAUAAAGCAAAAGAAUACAGAUCUUUAUUUAACAGUUACAGUUAUCUAUGGAUGAAUGAUAAACUAGAAUUCAUAAGGCAUUUUGAUCGCUCUCUUUCUUCUGAGGAACUGAAGAUUCAAAUGGACUAUGGAUUACCAAAAUGUCCUGCACAGCUGGAUCAGUAUAGGGAACAGAUCAGUUUCUAUGAAACAUUAUAUAUCCAAGUUAAUGCACUUAAAGAUACCCAUAGCUUUGGAUGGUUUCAAGUAUCUAUUAAACCCUUCAAAUCAUCUUUGUUAAGUACAAUAAAAAGAUGGAGCUGGAUGUUGAAGGAGCAUCUUUUGAACCAUGUGAUUAACAGUGUGGGGUCUAUCCAGCAUUUUCUUAAGUAAAGGAAUAAAGGUAAAAUAAAGGUAAAGGACAGGGACAACGUUGGACUCAUUCAAGUCAUGGCACACCUAAUGGCAGACCGAGACUGGGAACCGUCUGCAGAGCAAACUUUUGCAUUUCUGAGAGAAGCAGCAGAAUUGCUGAAAACCUAUGGACAGCAGAUUCCUGAAAGUGUUUAUGCACAUCUUGAGGAGCUGCCAGAAAAGUGGAAGAGACUUAAAAAGAUUGCUUUAACUACAAAGCAUGAAGUGGCACCUUUACAGUCCAAUAAAGUAUCUGUUAUCAGAAGGAAAUGUGUACAGUUUGAGGAAAAUCAAUUCAAGUUCAGAGAGCAGUUUCGAAACGAAGCUGUUUUACAGUUUGAUGCAGACAACCCUUAUAUACAGUUAGAUAAGGCACAUUGGCACAUUAGCAAGCUUGAAGCAGAAAUGCAGAAGCUUCAGGAAGCAGCUAAGCUAUUUGAAGCCAACAUAUUAGAUUACAAACAGCUGAAACAUUGCCGUUCAGAUAUUGUUCUGUUGAAGUCUAUCUGGGACUUGGUCAGGUGGGUUUAACAAUUUAUUGAUGAUUGGACUAAAACGCAGUGGAAGCAAAUCAAUAUUGAACAGAUGGACAUGGAACUGCGAAGAUUUACAAAGGAGAUGAAAGCUCUUGAUAAGGAGGUUUGAGCAUGGAAUGUUUAUGCUGGAUUAGCAUCCACUGUUAAAAAUAUGCUGAUUUCCCUUCGGGCUGUGACUGAGCUGCAGAAUCCUGCAGUCAGGUCGAGGCACUGGCAGCAAUUAAUGAAUGCAACAGGGGUCAGCUUCAACAUGGAUGAUGACACCACCCUGGGGGACUUGUUAGGUCUGCAGCUGUACAGGGUAGAAGACGAAGUUAGAAACAUCGUAGAUAAGGCAGUAAAGGAAAUGGCCAUAGAAAAGGUGCUGGGAGAAAUUGCUCAAAUAUGGAGUGUAAUGGAGUUUUCAUAUGAAAUACACAACAGCACCGGAACUCCAUUGCUCAAGUCUGAUGCAAACCUCGUUGAAACUCUGGAAGAUAAUCAGGUUCAACUGCAAAACAUUUUGAUGAGCCAACACGUGGAAUACUUCUUAAUUGAUGUCAGCAGCUGGCAAAAGAAAUUGAUGAUUGGCGAUUUAGUCAUCUCCAUUUGGAUGGAAGUACAGCGGACAUGGGCUCAUUUACACAGCAUCUUCACUGGGUCUGAAGAUAUCAGAAGUCAGCUUCCUCAGGAUGCCAAAAGAUUUGAUGAGGUUGAUGUGGAUUUCAAGGAUUUAAUAUCUUUGGCCAUCAAGAAUAGGAAAGUAAUUGAUGCAACAAACAACCUUGGAUUGUUGGAAAAAUUAGAAGCUCUUCAACAAAGGUCGGCUCUUUGUGAAAAAGCUUUAUCUGAAUAUCUGGAGACAAAACAACUCACAUUUCCAAGAUUUUACUUUGUUUCUGCGGUGGAUCUAUUAGAAAUUAUUUCCAAAGGAGGUCAACCAAAACAGGUGACAAAGCAUUUACUUAAGAUGUUUGAAAAUUUAGCUGAUUUAAAAUUUGAAGAUGUUGGUCAAGCAGUAGGAAUGUACAGUCGAGGAGGUGAAUAUGUGUAGCUUUUACCGCCCUGUUUCUGUGAAGGACAGGUUGAAUAUUGGUUGCAUCAGCUUGAGGAGGCAAUGCGAACCAAGGUGAAAGUAGAGAUCGUGGAAGCAGUCAUAGAUUAUGAAGAGAAGCCACGAGAUCAAUGGUUAUUUGAUUAUCCAGCACAAGUGGCUUUGACUGGGACUCAGAUAUGGUGGACCACAGACGCUGAAAUUGCUUUUGACCGUCUCCAGGAAGGCUUUGAAACAGCUUUAAAAGAGUAUUACAAAAAACAAAUUGCUCAGCUAAAUGUGCUUAUAAACAUGCUACUGGGAGAGCUCACCCAUAGUGAUCGCCAGAAGAUUAUGACAAUCUGUACAAUUGAUGUACAUGCCAGAGAUGUUGUAGCAAAUCUCAUAACACAGAAGGUCAAUAACAGUCAGGCUUUUACCUGGCUCUCGCAAUUGCGACACAGAUGGAACGAUGAACAGAAACAUUGCUUUGUUGAUAUCUGUGAUGCCCAUUUCCAAUACUCAUAUGAGUACCUUGGUAUCACACUUUGCUUGGUAAUUACCCCUCUGACUGACAGGUGUUAUAUUACCUUGACUCAAUCUUUACACUUGACCAUGAGUGGCGCACCGUCAGGACCUGCUGGAACUGGUAAAACAGAGACUACUAAAGACCUGGGACGUUCUCGGGGCAUAAUGGUGUAUGUUUUCAACUGCUCUGAGCAGAUGGAUUAUAAGUCCAUAGGAUAUAUAUAUAAAGGCCUUGCACAAACAGGAGCAUGGGGAUGUUUUGAUGAAUUUAAUCACAUUUCAGUGGAAGUUCUCUCAGUCGUAGCUGUACAAGUGAAAACUAUUCAAGAUGCAAUUAAAAACAAGAAAAAAAGAUUUUAUUUUCUAGGAGAGCUUAUUGAGUUGAGACCUUCUGUUGGAAUAUUUAUUACCCUAAAUCCAGGAUAUGCAGGAAGAGCAGAACUUCCUGAAAACUUUAAAGCUCUGUUCAGGCCUUGUGCAAUGGUAUUCCCAGACUUUGAGCUGAUAUGUGAGAUCAUGUUGAUGGCAGAAGGAUUCAUAGAUGCUCGGAUGCUUGCCAGAAAAUUCAUAAGUCUCUACACACUUUGCCGUGAACUUUUGUCAAAACAGGACCAUUAUGACUGGGGCCUAAGUGCUAUAAAGUCUGUACUUGUUGUUGCUGGAUCACUGAAGAGAGGAGAUCAAAAUAGACCUGAGGAACAGGUCCUAAUGCAUGCUUUGAGAGAUUUUAAUCUGCUGAAAAUUGCUACCAACGAUGUUCCCAUAUUCCUGGGUCUGAUUGGUGAUCUUUUUCCAUUGUUGGACGUCCCAUGCAAGAGAGAUGUAGAUUUGGAACAGAUGGUGCGCCAGUCUAUUUCAGAACUGCACCUACAACCAGAGGAUAACUUUAUAUUAAAGGUUACGCAACUGGAGGAGCUGCUGGCAGAGUGGCAUUCAGUUUUUGUUGUGGGUGACGCUGGAACCAGAAAGAGCCAAAUAUUAAGAACACUACACAGGACUUAUGCCAACAUGAAGUUAAAGCCAGUAUGGUGUGAAAUAAAUCCCAAAGCCGUGACUACGGAUGAGCUGUUUGGAUUUCUGCACCCUGCUACACGUGAAUGGAAGGAUGGUUUGUUUUCAAUGACCAUGAGAGAACUUCCUGGUGUUGCUCAUAGAGGUCCAAAGUGGAUUGUUUUAGAUGGAGAUAUUGACCCCAUGUGGAUAGAAUCACUCAAUACUGUAAUGGAUGACAACAAGGUACUGACUUUAGCUAGCAAUGAGCGUGUAUCCUUGACUCCAUCCAUGAGGUUAUUAUUUGAGAUCAGUCAUCUACACACAGCGACUCCAGCUACAGUGUCCAGGGCUGGCAUAACAUACGUCAAUCCACAGGAUUUAGGGUGGAGUCCGUAUGUCACUAGCUGGAUUGACACACAUGAAGCCCAGUCAGAACGGGCAAAUCUCACCAUACUGUUUGAGAAGUAUGUUCCUAUCUGUCUGGAACAAAUGCGUGGUAAUCUCAAAACUGUUACUCAAACUCCUGAAAACAGUAUCGUACAGACCUUAUGUUCUUUGCUAGACUGCUUACUAACGCCCAAAAAUACACCCCCAGACACUCCACGUGAGAUCUAUGAGAUGUACUUUGUGUUUGCUUGUGUCUGGGCUUUUGGUGGAGCACUGUUACAAGAUCAACUAAUUGACUAUCGAGUUGAAUUUAGUAGAUGGUGGACAAAAGAGAUGAGGACGAUUAAGUUCCCAUCCCAAGGAACAGUCUUUGAUUAUUAUAUUGACCCUGAUACUAAAAAGUUUGCUCCAUGGACAGAAAAAGUCCCAACUUUUGAAACGGAUCUAGAUACCCCUCUAUAGGACGUACUUGUACAUACUCAAGAAAUUGUUAGCCUGAAAUAUUUCAUUGAUUUACUUGUGGAACAGGGAAAACCAGUGAUGUUGGUUGGCAAUGCAGGGGUAGGAAAGACUAUCCUUAUAUCGGAGGAACUUUCAAAGUUAACAGAAAAUUAUAUUGUAACUAAAGUUCCUUUUAACUAUUAUACAACAUCAGCCAUGCUUCAGCGGGUACUUGAGAAACCUUUAGAAAAAAAGGCUGGAAGAAAUUAUGCUCCUGAAGACAAAAAUCUGAUUUAUUUCAUUGAUGAUCUUAAUAUGCCUGAAGUGGAUGCCUAUGGUACUGUUCAACCACAUACUCUAAUCAGACAACAUCUGGAUUAUCAUCACUGGUAUGACAGACAAAAGUUAGUUCUGAAAGAAAUUCAUAAUUGCCAAUACAUCACUUGCAUGAAUCCUGCAGCUGGCAGUUUCUCUAUAAAUAUGCGUCUUCAGAGACACUUCUCCGUCUUUGCAGUAAAUUUACCAGGAGUGGAGUCUUUGACUACAAUAUACAGCAGCAUUCUUAAUGCAUACUUUAAAGAAAACAAUUUCAGUUACAAUGUUAUGAAAAUGAUUAAUACUGUUGUUUGGGCUUCUAUCUGUCUUCAUCAAAAAAUGAGCCAGAUUUUCUUACCAACAGCAAUCAGGUUCCAUUAUGUUUUUAACUUACGAGAUCUAUCCAACAUCUUCCAGGGAAUUCUUUUUGUUACUCCAGAUUAUGUACGGCUGCCAACAGAUUUAAUUUCUUUAUGGCUUCAUGAAUCGUCCAGAGUAUAUGCUGACAAACUAAUGGAAGAAAAAGAUAUUGAACUAUUUUACAAAGUCCUUUUUGAUACUGCAAAGAGAUACUUUGAGGUCAUUGGUGAGCAUAUUUUCACCCAAAAGCCAUUGAUUUACUGCCACUUCGCCCAAGGUGUCGGAGAGCCUCGAUAUUCGCCUGUAACUGAUUUGAAGAAGCUACAUAGAAUUCUUACAGAUGCACUUGAACAUUACAAUGAACUACAUGCAGUGAUGAACCUUGUUCUAUUCACUGAGGCUAUGCAGCAUAUCUGUCAUAUAAGUCGUAUUUUGGAGGCUCCACGAGGCAAUGCUCUUUUGGUUGGUGUCGGAGGGAGUGGCAAACAAAGCCUGUGUCGUUUGGCAGCAUUUCUCAGCUCACUGGAGGUGUUUCAGAUAACCUUACGCAAAAACUAUGGAAUUCCUGACCUCAGGGCUGAUAUUGCUGCUUUGUAUAUUAAAGUUGGAGUGAAGAAUAUUGGCACAGUAUUCCUUCAUACAGAUGCUCAAAUACCAGAUGAACGAUUCCUAGUUCUAAUUAAUGACAUGUUGGCUUCAGGUAAUAAAUCAUUUUAAUUCAAAUAUAUUCCAGAUUUGUUCAGUGAAGAAGAAGUGGACAAUAUUAUUUCAACCAUAAGAAUGGAAUUACGUGGCCUAGGAUUGCUAGAUACCAGAGAGAACUGCUGGCAAUUCUUUAUUGCCAGGAUUAGACAACAAUUAAAGGUUGUACUGUGCUUCUCCCCAGUGGGGUUUGCUCUUCGGACAAGAGCAAAGAAGUUCCCAGCUGUAGUGAACUGUACAGCCAUUGACUGGUUUCACCCAUGGUAAGCUGUUCUGGAAUCUGUCAGCUAUAGUUUCAUUGAAAAAAUUGAUGGAUUGCAGCCGGAAGUGAAAUCUUCUAUAAGUCAGUUUAUUGCAUACGCACAUAUCAGUGUGAAUGAAAUUAGUGUGAAAUAUCAACAGAACGAGAAACACUAUAACUACACCACUCCAAAAAGCUUCCUCGAGCAAAUUAAAUUGUAUCAAAAUCUCCUGCAUAAGAAAAGGAAAGAGCUAAUGCAAAAGAAAGAAUGUCUAGAAAAUGGGCUGCAAAAACUACAAACCACAGCUUCACAAGUAGAAGAUCUGAAAACAAAACUAGCCGCUCAAGAAAUGGAACUUGAGUACAGGAACAAAGACACUGAAGCACUGAUUGUUAAAAUAGGGCAACAGACUGAGAAACUGAAUCAAGAGAGAGCGAUUGCAGAUGGUGAAGAGCAAAGGGUAACUGCCAUGCGGACUGAAGUUUCAAAGCGACAACAGGAAUCUGCAGAGGAUCUGGCCAGGGCUGAGCCUGCACUCAGUGCUGCAAAUGCUGCGUUAAACACAUUAAACAGGUCAAACUUGACGGAAUUACGCACCUUUCCAAAUCCGCCUGCAACUGUUACCAAUGUUACCGCGGCAGUGCAGGUGCUUUUAGCUCCGAGUGGAAAAGUCCCGAAAGAUAGAAGCUGGAAGUCUGCUAAAGUAUCUAUGAGCAAGGUAGAUGAAUUUCUUCAAGCUAUUGUUAACUUUGAUAAGGAGCAUAUCCCAGAAGCCACUAUCAAAACUAUAAAAGAAGAAUACCUUAAGGAUCCUGAAUUCAAUCCUGAGUUUGUUCGAACAAAGUCAUCAGUUGCCGCUGGUCUCUGUACUUGGGUUAUAAAUAUUGUUAAAUUCCAUGAGGUUCACCGUGAAGUAGAAUUCAAAUGUAAAGCCCUUGUGCAAGCCAACUCUGACUUAGCUGCUGCAGCAGAGAAACUUCAGGUCAUCAGGAAAAAGCUCACUGAAUUAGACACAAACUUGGCUGAGUUAACAGCAGCCUUUGAAAAAGCGAGUUUUGAGAAAGUCCGUUGUCAAGAUGAAGUGAACCGAACCAAUAAGACGAUUGAACUGGCUAACAGAUUAGUGAGAGGACUGGAGUCAGAGAACUUGCGCUGGGCUCAGUCUAUUGCACAGUAUCGUGAACAAGAAGAAACACUCUGUGGAGAUGUUCUUUUAAUGGCAGCUUUUAUUUCUUAUGCUGGCUCUUUCUCAAAGAGAUAUCGCCAUGAACUUGUUCAAAGCAUGUGGAUGCCUUACCUGAGAAACCAAAAGGUUCCAGUUCCAAUGACCGAAGAUUUAGAUGUCGUUGCGUUACUAACAGAUGAUGCAACAAUUGCAACCUGGAACAACGAAGGCUUGCCGAGUGAUAAGAUGUCCACAGAGAAUGCCACUAUUGUUUCUAAUUGUGAACGUUGGCCACUCCUAAUUGAUCCUCAGCUCCAGGGAAUGAAAUGGAUCAAAAACAGAUAUAACAGCAAUUUGAAAGUUGUCAACUUGGGUCAAAAAGGGUACAUGGAUGUUUUAGAACAAGCACUUGGUGUGGGAGACACUGUUUUAAUAGAAAACAUGGAAGAGAUGAUUGAUCCAGUGUUAGACCCUUUACUUGGAAGGAACACAAUUAAGAAAGGAAGGUUCAUUAGAAUUGGAGAUAAAGAAUGUCCAUUUCAUCCCAAUUUCCAUUUGAUUCUACACACCAAACUGGCUAAUCCUCAUUAUAAACCUGAAAUACAAGCACAAACUACUCUAAUUAACUUCACCGUCACCAGGGAUGGCUUAGAAGACCAGAUACUUGCAGAGGUUGUGAACUUUGAAAGGCCUGACCUGGAACAACUGAAGUCUGACCUCACCAAUCAACAGAAUCAUUUUAAAAUUGAGCUGAAGUUACUUGAGGAUGAAUUAUUAACAUGGCUUUCAGCUGCAGACUGGAAUUUCCUUGGAGAUACAUUACUGGUAAAAAAUCUUGAAACCACUAAAGAUACAGCAGCUGAAAUAGAAACAAAGGCCCUUGAAGCUAAAUUUAAUGAAGUAACAAUCAAUGAAGCUCGUGAACAUUAUCGUCCUGCAGCUGUCAGAGCUUCACUGCUCUAUUUCAUCAUGAGUAAUCUAAGUAUGAUCAAUCCUAUGUACAGGUUCUCACUCAAGAUUAAUAUUUUUGCGUUUGCUGCUGUGUUUCACAAAGCUAUACAACAGACUGAAGAGUCUGGUAAUGUUCAUGUGCGGGUGACUAAUCUAAUUGAUGCAAUCACAUACUCAACCUUCCUCUAUGUGAGCCGUGGGUUAUUUGAAAGGGACAAACUUACCUUUACAGCUCAACUGGCAUUUCAGGUUUUACUUUUGAAAAAGGAAAUAGAUGCUCAUGAACUUGACUUCUUGCUCAGAUUUAAUAUUGACCAUAAUUACAACAGUCCUGUGGACUUCCUGUCAAAUGCAGCAUGGAGUGCAAUAAAGACAAUGAGCUUCAUGGAUGAGUUUUGUGGUUUGGACAGGGAUAUUGAAGGUUGUCAACGUUGGAAAAAAUUUGUUCAAUCCGAAUGCCCAGAAAAAGAAGAGUUUCCUCAAGAAUGGAAAAAUAACAGCUCUCUUCAGAAACUUAUUAUGAUGCGUGCUUUGCGUCCCGAUCGCAUGACGUAUGCAAUAAGAAAAUUUGUGGAGGAGAAGCUCGGAACAAAAUACGUUGAGGGCCAUCAGACAGAAUUCAUUAAAUCAUCCAGAGAAAGUAAUCCUGCAUCUCCAGUCUUCUUCAUUCUGUCUCCUGGUGUUGAUCCACUGAAAGAUGUCGAGGCCUUGGGAAAAAAGCUUGGUUUCACUAUUGAUUCCGGAAAACUUCACAAUGUUUCCCUUGGGCAAGGACAAGAAGCAAUUGCUGAACAAGCUUUGGUAAAAGCUUCUGAAGAAGGACACUGGGUUAUCCUGCAGAAUAUUCACCUAAUGGCGAAGUGGCGUAUUUUAGAACAACUUCUUGAGAAGUUCACUGAAGGAUCUCAUCCGGACUAUCGUGUAUUCAUGAGUGCUGAGCCUGCCCCAGCUCCCGAGGAGCAUAUUAUUCCACAAGGAAUCCUUGAGGACUCGAUCAAAAUUACCAAUGAACCACCAACUGGUAUGUUAGCUAAUCUCCAUGCAGCUUUGGAUAAUUUUGAUCAGGAUAUUCUCGAUCAGUGUUCCCGUGAACAUGAGUUUAAAACAAUACUGUUUUCACUGUGCUACUUCCAUGCCUGUGUGGCUGAACGACGGAAAUUUGGACCACAGGGCUGGAAUCGAAAGUACCCUUUCAACACAGGAGACCUGACAAUUUCAGUGAAUGUUUUAUACAGCUAUUUGGAAACGAACACGCAGGUACCCUGGGAAGAUCUGCGUUACCUCUUUGGUGAAUUUAUGUAUGGUGGCCAUAUUACAGAUGACUGGGAUAGAAGACUGUGUCGUACUUAUCUGGAAGAAUACAUGCAGCCUCAUCAGUUUGAAAGUAAGCUAGCUUUAGCUCCUGGUUUUGUGGCACCGUCAAAUCUUGAUUACGAUGGUUAUCACAGAUACAUAGAUGAAAUGUUACCACCUGAAAAUCCAGCACAUUAUGGUCUCCACUUGAAUGCAGAGAUUGAAUUCCUGACUGUAACUUCAGACAAUCUUCUACAUACCUUACUGGAAAUGCAGCCCGGAGACUCAGUGACUGCUGAAGGGGUAACGCAAACUGUUGAAGAAAAGGUAAAAGCUAUCUUGGAUGAUAUAGUAGAAAAGCUACCAGAGGAAUAUAAUAUGGUUGAUAUAACCUCUAAACCAGCUGAGCGCUCCCCGUACAUUCUGUUCUGUUUCCAAGAGUGUGAAAGAAUGAAUAUUCUAAUUCAAGAAAUGAGACAUUCAUUAAAGGAACUUGAUCUGGGAUUGAAGGGUGAGUUAGCAAUUUCAUCCGAGAUGGAGCUACUGCAAACAGCACUUUUCUUUGAUAAUGUUCCUGACACCUGGACCAAGCUGGCAUAUCCAUCAGUGUACAGUCUUGCACAGUGGUACAGUGAUCUUCUAAUGCGCUGCCAUGAACUUGACAUUUGGACACAGGAUCUGUCUCUUCCUAGUGUAAUCUGGAUCUCAGGUUUUUUCAACCCACAGUCUUUCCUUACAGCUGUAAUGCAAAGUAUGGCCAGAAAAAAUGCAUGGCCCCUUGAUAAGAUGCAUCUAACAGUAGAUGUCACCAAAAAAUUAAAGGAAGACUUUACACAGCCUGCCAGAGAAGGAGCAUAUAUUUCUGGAUUUUAUAUGGAAGGAGCACGAUGGGACACACAGAGCGGUCAUAUAGUAGACGCACGGUUGAAAGAACUUACACCGAUGACGCCUGUUAUAUUUGUUAAGGCGAUUCCCAUUGAUAAAUAGGAAAUGAGAAAUAUUUAUGAAUGUCCUGUUUAUAAGACAAAAUUGAGGGGACACACCUAUGUCUGGACUUUCAAUUUGUAGACCAAAGAGAAGCCUGCAAAAUGGAUUCUUGCUGGCGUUGCUUUACUGUUAAGUGUGUAG